AUGCCACGACCUGGAGUAUGGGAAAGAACAGAGCGUCCACUCAACACCGACCCAACAGAGAUGCAGACUGAACCUGAUGAUGAUGACCCAUGGCCCCAUGGACAUGACUACUGCGCCACUUCAGAGCCUGCUGCGCUUGAUCUCUCCCUCAAUGAGAGUGAUGAGCUACGCAAGGAGAUAUCAAGGCUCCGGAAACAAAUUGAGGAGAUAACCAUUAGCAGCAAGUUCGGUUUGGAGCGGUUUUCUAACUCUGAUGAGGAUAUACGAUUCUAUACCAGGUUUGCAAGUCAUGCCCAUCUCAUGGGCUUUUGGAAGCAAAUUGAGCCAGCCACAGCCAACAUUGUACGGGUUACAAGAGCACGGAGUGCAGCAAAGACUGAUCUGGUCCCUCACUGUGGCAGUGUAACGGUUCUUCAACCAAUUGAUGAGUUCUUCCUGUUCAUGAACUACCUGUCACUGGGACUGAUGCAAAAGGAUUUAGCCCACAGAUUUAGAAUUCAUCGAUCAACUGUAAGUCGCAUUAUUAACACCUGGGCCAACUUCCUUUAUAAUGUAUUGGGAGCUGUGGAUAUUUGGCUAGAUGAGGACACUGUGAAAGCUCACCUCCCAGAUGUGUUUCAGGACUACACUGACACUCAAAUAAUUUUAGAUUGCACAGAACUGCGAUGCCAAACCCCAAAUUCCCUUCUCCUCCAGAGUGAAGUGUUUUCCACUUAUAAAUCACACUGUACAUUCAAAGGGUUGAUUGGGAUAGCCCCUCAUGGUGCAGUGACCUUUGUGUCUUCUCUUUAUCAAGGUGCUAUCAGUGAUAAAGAGAUCUUAAAGCAGUCUGGCAUCGUGGCCCUUCUUAAGCCAUCUAUGGCCAUCAUGGUGGACAAGGGUUUCCUUGUGGAAGACUGUGUUCCAUGCAAAGUCCACAUACCUUCAUUUCUGUCAAAGAGAGCUCAACUGUCUGGGCCAGAGAUCAGAAAGACGCAGUCCAUUGCAAGACUGAGAGUCCAUGUUGAGGGUGCAAUUCGCAGGGUCAAAGAACAUAAAAUAUUCAGCACAGUGAUCCCCCUUUCAAUCACAGGCAGCAUAAACCAACUUUUUGCUGUUGCCUGCGUUUUGGUUAAUUAUCAAAAUGGUCCCUUGGUGAAAGCCUGGGCAAGCAAUUGCUGA